GUACCGAACAGGGCACUCAGGUUGUCUCUUUCUUUACUAGUUUAUUACUGUUACAUCAUAAUACUGUUUUUUCCUGUUUUGGUUGAUUAUGGUGUUUCUGGGUGGGGCUGACAUUAUAAAUGCUCUGUAUAAAGCAUACAAAACUCCUUAAAUUCACAACUUUUGUCUUUGCUUUAGCUUCAGCUGUGAAAUUGUGCAGCCACGUUAUGGCCCAAAUCUCCACCGGAACUGUACUUUUAUUUCAAAAUCCCCUUCUUUUAUCCAAAUAGCACGCCAGAAAAGAUGCAGACUUUCUGGAUGUCCUUGAAGGAGAAUGUCAAUUGUGCGAGCAGGAUGAGUAAUGUGGUUAUCCUACCGGAAAAAUGCAGCGGGAAGAAGAAGAACAAUUCUCAGAAAGAAAAUUUAGAUAAACAGCUCAUUCGUCGAACCCCAAAAUCAGUUGGAGAAGUUAUCAAGGGAUUCAGCACAAGAACUAGGUAUUCUGAGAUAAAAAUUGGAGACCCAGCAAGAAACAUCACUGAGAUAAUAUUCCAAAAAGCAUCAACAAACCCAUCAAAACCAUCAAGGAAGAUCAAAAAGGUCCUGAAGGUGAAACACUCAUUUGAAAUUCUUGAAAGGUUUGAGAAAUACAGAGAGAAAGUAAAGGAGAGUGCUUAUAUGCAACAAAAGACACAUCCAAGAAGCACGGUAGAUGGGAACGAGCUUUUGCGAUUUUAUGGCACUACAAUGACAUGUUGCAGUGAAGAAUCAACAGAGGUUUCUGAGCUGUGUAGAGAUCCUACUUGCCAAGUGUGCACAACGAUUCAAUCUAAUUUUGAGACAGAGUACACCAAGAAGAAUGGGAUUCGAUUGAGUACAAAUAGUGAGGAUUUAAGUGAUAAUAUAAUUGAUUUCUCAAUGGAGAGAAUGGACAGGGCUGUAAUAGUAUGCAGGAUUAUUGCAGGGACAGUUUUUAACAGGGUUGAUGGGGUAAAAGAAGAGUGUGAUAGUAUAGGAAGUGAAGCUCAUUUUUCAAAGUCAGAAUCUUUAGUCGUUAGAAAUCCUAGUGCUGUACUUCCCUGUUUUGUGAUAGUUUUCACCUGAGAUUCUGAGAUGUACAAGUAAAUGUGUUCCUGUUGUCCACAUAAUCCUGCACUAUGAUAUAUCUAAAGUAAUAGAAAUUAGUGAAAUAAAAAUGUUUGCACAAACUAAGAAAAUAACUCUGUUUCCAGCAGUCCAAAGAUUAAAAUCUUUGAUCGCAGCAAAUAGUUAAAAUGUUCAGUAGCUCACACAAAUAAGGAGGUGUGCAGCCGCUACAAAAUGAGAGUUUGAUAAAAUAUAGAAUAAAGAUAUACAAACAAGAAACCAAUC